AGUUUGCAGGUAUCCCGCUACAAGAAAUGAUGAGAUGACUGUUUAAGAAUAAAAUGAAGAUUUAAACAGACUUUAAAAGUGGAUUGUGGAACAUCUCCAACUACAAUCCGGUCACCAGAAGGGAAGUGAAUCAAUUACCACAGUUAAAUGGGGAGUAAGGAGCGAUACCAUUGGCAGAGCCACAAUGUUAAACAGAGUGGAGUGGAUGACAUGGUUCUUCUAUCUAAAAUCACAGAGGAAGCUAUCGUGGAAAACCUUAAGAAACGCUACUUGGAUGAUUACAUUUUUACAUAUAUCGGUUCAGUGCUCAUCUCAGUAAACCCUUUCAAACAGAUGCCUUACUUCACAGACAGGGAAAUUGAAAUUUAUCAAGGAGCUGCUCAGUAUGAAAAUCCACCUCAUAUUUAUGCUCUAACAGACAAUAUGUACAGGAAUAUGAUGAUUGAUGCAGAGAACCAGUGCGUUAUAAUCAGUGGUGAAAGUGGAGCUGGCAAAACAGUAGCAGCUAAAUAUAUUAUGGGGUACAUCUCCAAAGUGUCAGGAGGAGGAUCAAAGGUUCAGCAUGUAAAAGAUAUCAUCCUACAGUCAAACCCUUUGCUCGAGGCCUUUGGAAAUGCCAAAACUGUACGAAACAACAAUUCCAGUCGAUUUGGAAAGUAUGUUGAAAUUCAGUUCAGUCGUGGCGGAGAGCCUGAUGGAGGUAAAAUCUCGAACUUUUUGUUGGAAAAAUCCCGAGUUGUUAGCCAGAAUGAGAGUGAGAGAAACUUCCACAUAUAUUACCAGCUGCUCGAAGGUGCUUCACCAGAGCAGGUUGAAAAUCUAGGUAUCGCUGAUCCUACAUAUUACUUCUACUUAAACCAGUCAGGCACCUACAAGGUGGAUGGGACAGAUGACAAAAAAGAAUUCAAUGAAACCAUGAAUGCCAUGCAAGUCAUAGGUAUAACAGCAGAGAUUCAAUUGAUGGUACUACAGAUUAUUGCUGGAAUUCUGCACCUUGGAAACAUAAGUUUUACAGAAGUUGGGAAUUAUGCCAAAGUGGAAAAUGAGGCCCACUUGGCUUUUCCUGCAUUCCUGCUGGGAAUCAAUGAAAUGAAAUUGAGAGAGAAAGUGACGAGCAGAAAAAUGGAUAGUAAGUGGGGAGGCAAGACAGAAUCCAUCAACAUGACUUUAAAUGUCGAGCAGGCUGGAUACACCCGCGAUGCACUAUCGAAAGCCCUCUAUGCACGGUUAUUCGAUUAUUUAGUCGAUGCCGUUAACAAGGCUAUGCAGAAACCAUAUGAAGAAUACAGUAUAGGAGUGUUGGAUAUUUAUGGCUUUGAAAUUUUUCAGAAAAAUGGAUUUGAACAGUUCUGCAUUAAUUUUGUAAAUGAGAAGCUUCAGCAGAUUUUCAUUGAGUUAACUCUCAAAGCUGAACAGGAAGAGUACGUACAGGAGGGGAUUAAAUGGACACCCAUUCAAUAUUUCAAUAACAAAAUUGUCUGUGAUCUGAUAGAAAACAAACUUAAUCCACCUGGAAUUAUGAGUGUUCUCGAUGACGUCUGUGCUACUAUGCAUGCCACAGGGGAAGGAGCAGAUUCAACUCUAUUACAAAAACUCCAGGCUGCCGUAGGAGGUCAUGAACAUUUUAAUAGCUGGAACCAAGGAUUUAUAAUACAUCACUAUGCUGGAAAGGUAUCGUAUGAUGUCAACGGAUUUUGUGAGCGCAACCGAGAUGUCCUCUUCACCGAUUUGAUAGAGCUCAUGCAAACCAGUGAAUUCCCCUUCAUUCAAAUGCUGUUUCCAGAAAAUCUACAGAAUGAGAAGAAAGGCAGGCCAACUACUGCAAGCAUGAAGAUUAAGAAACAAGCAAAUGACCUGGUCAGCAAGUUAAUGAAGUGUACUCCACAUUAUAUUCGCUGCAUAAAACCGAAUGAGACUAAGAGACCCAAAGAUUGGGAAGAGAGCAGAGUGAAGCACCAAGUUGAAUACCUGGGACUGAAAGAAAAUAUCCGAGUCCGACGAGCGGGAUUUGCUUACAGGAGAGCUUUCCCAAAAUUCAUACAGAGGUACGCUAUCCUUACACCAGAGACCUGGCCUUAUUGGCGUGGCGAUGAGCGCCAAGGAGCCCUGCAUCUUCUUCGUUCUGUCAAUAUUGAUACUGACCAGUACCAAAUGGGGAAAACCAAAGUAUUUGUCAAGAAUCCAGAAUCGCUUUUCUUGUUGGAAGAAAUGAGAGAACGGAAGUUUGAUAAAUUUGCAAGAACCAUUCAAAAAGCAUGGAGGAAAUACAUUGCACGAAGAAAGUAUGAACAGAUGAGAGAAGAAGCCUCCAGCAUACUUUACAACUUCAAGGAACGAAGAAGGAAUAGCAUUAACCGAAACUUUGUUGGUGACUAUCUUGGCAUCGAAGACCGACCAGAGCUACGGCAGUUUGUUGGGAAGCGGGAGAGGAUAGACUUUGCAGACUCUAUUACCAAGUUUGACAGGAGAUUUAAGGGUAUAAAGCGUGACCUUAUACUCUCCUCGAAGCACAUUUAUCUCAUUGGUCGAGAAAAAGUUAAAAAGGGGCCUGAAAGGGGCCAAAUCAAAGAGAUCCUAAAGAGAAAAAUUGAAAUUCAGAACAUUACUGCUGUUUCUAUGAGCACCAGGCAAGAUGAUUUUGUAGUCCUGCAUGAAGCAGAAUAUGAUAGUCUUCUGGAGUCCAUAUUUAAGACUGAAUUUGUUAGUCUGCUGUGCAAACGAACUGAAGAAUUAACACAUCAGAAGUUACAGCUCAAAUUUUCUGACUCCAUACAAUUCAAAAUCAAGAAGGAAGGAUGGGGAGGUGGUGGCACUCGAAAUCUGAUAUUCAGCCGAGGCCAGGGGGAGAUGGUAGUGAUUAAACCUGCAGGAAAGACACUUAACGUUAGCAUUGGAGAUGGAUUACCCAAGAAUUCAAAGCCAACAAGGAAAGGUGUUGCUGUACAGAGCAGAGGAUUUACCCAAAGUCCUCCAAACAGAGCAGCCCCACGACCACCACCAGGGCAAUGUCGGAAUGGUGCACCAAGAUUCCCGCAAAAUAAUCAGAUGAAACAGGAUCAAACCUAUUCCAGACCCAUGAAAGGACCAAGAAUAUCCACCAUCAGUUCUGAAAUGCCAUCACUGCCAAAACAAGGUGCAACCACUAAAGCAAGAAGAACAACGAACAUGGAAGCUAAUAUGGAAUUCAUGAAAGUUCCUGAUCAGGGAGUUGCAGGAAUGCAAAGAAGAAGAAGUGUAACUCAAAGACCUCCGCCUGGAGUGGGCCGCCCAAAACCACAAACACACCGUCCAAGAUGUCGGGCACUUUAUCAGUACACAGGUCAGGAUGUAGAUGAAAUCAGUUUCAAUGUCAAUGAUGUCAUUGAAAUUCUUCUUGAAGAUCCAUCAGGAUGGUGGAAGGGCCGUUUACAUGGAAAAGAAGGUCUCUUUCCAGGAAAUUAUGUGGAGAAAAUAUGAACUAUUGUGAACUUGGUUCCGAAUUCUACCUAGCUGAAAAACACAGAAAUAUGGAUCAGCUACUGGACAACCUAGCAUCAGCGUGAUCACUUAAGAGGAAUGUUUUAUUCAGGAACAGCUUCAUUCUCAAUAUGCAUUUAUAGGAACUGAAACUGGCCUUUCAGUAUCUCCUAUUUAUUCCACUAUUCAACUAGAUCAUAACUAAUCUGCAUCUUAACUCCACCUACCUACCAUUAUAACAAUAAAGCUGCUCACUAAAUCAGUUUAAACUGGGGUUUCACAGUCACAAUUUACAACCCGUACUGUAACUAAGACAUUAAUGAAAACCCUUGUUUAAUAAGAAAUUAGCAGGAGAUUUGUCUGUACAUACAUACGUUUUGUGGCCUCUACUUACUAAAAGGUUUGAUAAGCAAAUGAAUCUGAGCUAAAACUAUGGGUUCGCAUAAAUUAUUUGUAUUAAUGUUCCCUAUUACCAUGGGACACUCAGCCUUACAAACCACCGAUGAAAAAUGUCCCUUUUGAGGUAGAUUGUAUAUUAAAAGUUACUUAGCGCAAAUAGGACAUAUUAAUGCCAAUUCGGAGCUGUACUUUGACAUUGUCUUCUUGCUUCGUACACAAUAAAAUAUAACAUGAGUUAGAAGAAGUGCUGACAAUGAGCAACAAUGAGUAUUAGACUGUUUAUUUAAAGGAACAGUUACUCAGACACUGGUUCAGUAAACUUCAUUCAACUAUCAUGUUAGCUUUUGUUUGCCAUCUUCAAACUGCCUCUCAGUAACAUUAUCAAAGCCAAAACAUAAAAGUUGCGUAUGUAUGCUGACAACACCCAUCUUUGCCUCACGAAAGGAAUGCAAACUUUCCAUAUUUUUAACCAGACAAUAGGGCUGCUCUCUCAUUAGAGAGAGAGAGAGAUAGUUGGUGGUGAUUUAACCUGAGGUGACAAUGCCUCAAGUUAGGGGAGAGUUUGAGGGGGGUCCUCCAUGGUACCCUCAGGUGGCAGAGAAUUGAACCCACACAGUUAGCACCACAAAGCGUUGUCAGCCAGCCAGACAACUGAGCUAACUAAUCUCCUUCUCUACUGUGUCUUAGUCCCCGAUCAUCUCAGAGUUGUGAGAAUCUUGCUCAACAUUCACUAUUGGAAGAGAAGAAUGUUCUUCCACAACAUUCAGUGAUUGGGCAGCGUAAAGUCAUAGAGAUGUACAGCACUGAAACAGACCCUUCGGUCCAACUCAUCUAUGCUGACCAGAUAUCCCAACCCAACCUAGUCUCACCUUCCAGCACCUAGCCCAUAUCCCUCCAAACCCUUCCCAUUCAUAGACCCAUCCAGAUGCCUUUUACAGUUGCAAUCGUACUAGCCUCCACCACUUCCUCUGGCAGCUCAUUCCAUACACCACCCUCUGUGUGAAAAAGUUGCCCCUUAGGUCUCUUUUAUGUCUUUCCCCUUUCACCCUAAGUGUUUGCCCUUUAGUUCUGGGCUCCCCCACCCCAGGGAAGAGACUUUGUCAAUUAUUUGAUCUAUGCCCUCAUGUUUGUAUAAACCUCUAUAAGGUUACCCCUCAGCCUCCAUCCUCCAGGGAAAACAGGCCCAGCCUUUCAACCCCUAUAGCUCAAACCCUGGCAACAUCCUUGUAAAUCUUUUCUGAACUCUUCCAAGUUUCACAACAUCUUUCCAAUAGGAAGGAGACCAGAAUUGCAUGCAAUAUUCCAAAAUGGUGGCUCAGUGGUUAGCACAGCUUCGUCACAGCGCCAGGGACCCAGGUUCGAUUCCAUCCUGGGGCAGCUAUCUGUGUGGAGUUUGAUCAUUUUCCCUGUAUGUGCAUGGAUUUCCUCCAGGUGCUCUGGUCUCCUCCAACAGUCCAAAGAUGUGCAGGUUAGGUCAAUUGGCUAUGCUAAAUCGCCCAUGUUGUCCAGGGAUGUUUAGGCUAGAUGGGUAAGCCAUAGGGAAUGCAGGGUUACAGGUAUAGGGUUGUGGGGUAUGGGUUUGGUUGUGAUACUCUUUGGAGGGAUUGUGUGGACUUGAUGAGCCAAAUGGCCUGUUUUCACACUGUAGGGAUUCUGAUCCUAAAAUAUCGAGAAAACCAAAGUUAUUAUCUUAGCAACCAGCUUAAUUCCUCUGCUUAGAAAAUAUCAAAUCAGACUGUAUUUGACCCUAGCACAAGCUACAAAUCACACUUCCAUGUGAUUACCAGUCUGCUGACUUCCAAUUCUAUAGCAUUAGUCAGUGGGAGUUGGGCAAUCACAAUCACCUCCUUCUUGCAUCCAUCUAUCGACAUCCCACCUACCUUUCCCCCAGCUCCACCCUCCUGCUAUUUAUUUUGCAGCCCCCUGCCCCUUCCCUGUCCUGAUUAAAGGUCCCGGCCUGAAAGGUUGCGCUAUUGCUCCUGUGAUGCUGCUUGGUCUGCUGUACUUUUUCCAGCUCCACACUUUAUCGACUCCAACUCCCAACCUACCUCCUCCACUCACCUGUUGCAGAAUUAGUGGUCUUUAGGACCCCUCCCCCAUCCAGCUGAACUUAUUGUUAGAUUUAAACCUAAACUAGGCAAGAUUUCAGAUCAUUAAAGAAACUUUAAUUAACGUUACUAGUUAUAGACUUAGUCCUAUAAUGAAGUGUCUUCCCUCUCAGAAAUUUUCAGACUAGCAAAAUUACCUCAGGAUGGAAUAUCCCUACAGAUAAACUAUAACAGAAUCAACUUGCCAAGUUAAUCAAUAUCAGGGCAGAGAAUCCUAGCUUAGGAGUUCAAGGAUAUUGUUAUCUGAUUGUGGGUUCUUGAAGAAUCAAGUGUGAAACUGCAAACCUUUAAUUACUUAUGAACAUUUAUUAUAAGAAUCAGUUCUGGAUUACAUUGUAAUAACGAGUACUAUAUAGUCGAUUAUAGGAUAAUUAAUGACAGUCAAUUCACUUAGCACACAGUUUAAGGGUCUGGAGUAAGCAAUUUGGCACUGAGAUGAAGAAAACAUUCUUCAUCCAAAAUGUGGCUUGCCUCUAGAAUUCUUUGCCAUAGAAAGCAGUUGAGACAAAACAUUGAACAGGAGCAAAUUACUGCAGGUGCUAGAAUCUCUACUAAAACCAACAAAUGCUGGAGAUCACAGCAGGCCAGGCAGCAUCCAUGGAGAGAGUGCGAGCUAUCGUUUCGAGUAUAGAUGACUCUUCAUCCGAGCUUCACUUCAGCUUGCUCUCUUUCCAUGGAUGCUGUCUGACCGGCUGUGAUCUCCAGCACUUUUUGGUUUCUAACAUUGAAUGUUUGAGAAAAACAAAUAUAGUUCUUAGGGCUAAAGAGAUCAAAGGGUAUGAGGAGAAAGCAGGAAUGGAGUACUUAGUUAGAUUAUUAGCCAUGAUCAUAUUCAAUGUUGGAGCAGAGUUGAAGGGCCAAAUGAUCUACUCCUGCUCCAACUCCUGCUUCCUGUUCAUGGAAUCAUAGAAUCCCUACAGUGAGGAAGCAAGCCAUUUGGCCCAUCGUGUCCACAUUGACCCUGCAAACAGCAUCAUACCCAGACCCACCCCCAUUGUUUAUAAUAUAGUAACAAAAACUAAUGGAAGUAAAUAUUCAACAAAGUCUCCACUUUAUAAGACAUGGUGAUGAGAUGUUAAAUUAAAAGUAGUUAUGAUAUGAAAAUUCUGCUUUAAAUUUAAACACAGCCUUUAAAUCCAUCAAAGGAAAAACUGGAUAUUCAAACUAAUAUGUCAAGAUGAUCAUAUUCACAAUUCCAGUAUAGUUCCUUGGUAAAAUUAAAUGCCUUUGUCUCAAAUGUUCAUUAAUAGUAAUUUAACAGGAGAGCCCAGCAGACUAUACAUGCUGUUAAUAUAUGACUGUUUUGGUGUCUCUGCUGAUCCACAAAACUACAUUUUUAACAAUAAAUUACUGUUCUCUGAAGGUCUAGAAAAAAUUAUUUAGAGUCAUCAAAGCUGAAAAAAAUGAUGGAUCAAAAUAAUCUAUUUCAAAGCGUCUGAUUCUCAAUAAACAACCAACAGGGAAAAAUCAUCUGUACCUCCAUAACCAUUUGCAACACUAUUAGCUUCCUUCUGGCAAAGUUUCAGAUUCUCAUACUGCCUAAUUCAGAAAAUAAACUUAACACCUUACUUGCUGAAUUACUUUUGUGAUUAGCUUCACAGCUGAAACCCUCAUUCAUGCCUUUGUUACUUCUAGACUUGACAAUUCCAACACAGUCCAAACUGCCCUCUUAUCGUUAAUCCUCUCUAAAUUUGAGAUAGUCUAAAAAUCUGCUGUGUGCUAACUGAAAAAGCUUCACUUACCCAUUACCUUGCUCACCUACAUUGUCUCCCAAUCUAACAAACUUAAAUUAUAAUAUUCUUAUUCUUGUCUUCAACUCCCUCCUUGCUUUCUCUGUCCUUAUCUUUGUAACCUUCUCAAACUCUUAAGCUGUCCAAGAAUUCUACGUUUUUCCAGUGCUGCAUCACUUGUUUAAUUCAAUUAUAAUGCUUUCAGCUACCUAGACUCUAAACUGCAAAUUUCCCUCUUUAAACUUCUCUAUCUCUCUACCUCUUCCUCCUCUUCUUAGAUAUUCCUUAAAACCUAUCCAUUUAACAAACCUUUCAAUCAUCUGCUCCAAUAUCUCUUUAUGUAGCUCCAUAUUCAAUCUUAUUUAUAUUCCUAUGAAGUGACUCAGGUCUUUGUCAGAAGUGUUAUAGGAAUGUAAGUUGUUGUUGUUGUAAAGCACAAAUAAAGGAGGGAUAAUACUGGGAUAAAAGGUAAGAUGUCAAAAUCCACCACCUAUGGCCUCAAAUGGUCCAAUUCACAGAAAGCCAGACAAAUCUCUUACCCACUUUAUCCUCUAAAUGGACUAUAAGUUAAGUAAUAUUUUCAAAAAUGAGAAUACAAUGAAAUCGCAGACCUAUCAUUGCAGAAAAUGUAUGUCUACUCAAAAGUUUAAGUUAAUAAAAAGUUGGGCGUGUUCAAUUUUUCUAAAUAAUAUGUUUCUUAGUAUAUUAAGCGAGAAUGACACAAGCAGUUGAGCUUGCUAUAUAUUUUUAUAUCCUAAGGAUUACAGCUUUGACAUAUCUUUUUUCCCCUUAGUAGGAACUCUUGAUUUUGCAGUUUUCAUUUCCAAAGAUAAUCCACAAUGUUGCAACAUAAUUCCUUUAAUGCAGUUAAACUUGCCAAAGUCUGAGCCACACAAGGAUGGGUCAUCAAAAGUCUGGUCAAAGAACUGGUGAGGCACCAAUGGCUGAGUGAUGAAAAUCAGGGAUGUAGAUUUUAUUAUUCAUCACACAGAGAAACAAACUCUCUCCAGGCAACCUUGAACAAAGUUGAAAGAAAUUAAUUAAUAUCUCUGAAACUGAACCCUAAUAAAUGUGCAGAAAGAGUCAUCUCUAUUAUCUCUGUUCCAGGAGCAUAUAUUAUGCAUCCUACUGUUGGUCAAAGCAACCCUACAUUUAAAUUAUUGUUAUUUGUUAUUUACAAACGCAGAGAACAGCUCUGAAUAUAUUAGCAACAAAAGGUGAGCAUCCUCCCCCAACCUUUUCUGGCCAUAAAAGCCUGAAUAUAUUGUCCACCUUGAGAGAUCAGCAAUGUACGGUUUUUCCUGUUUAGCCAUUCCUUCGGCUGACUCAUGCAGAGCUCUUUAAUGUUCAGUUGUUACAGAUUAUAUCCUGAAUUCACUUAAAUUGUUUACCAGACAAAGGGAAUUGAAGAUGUGACAAAUGUGUAAAGUUUUCUUCAUACAAGGCUUUCAAUUUACGAACGCUCAUACUUAACAACAUACAGGGGUGUAAUUUCAAAGAUCCAUCAUACGAACGUCUCCUGUACUGACGAGCAGAUAUUUUACACAGUCCUGCCUUGUAUUCCGACUUGAGUUCAAAUCAGCUUGAGAACGGACUCAAGCAGGGAACCCGGCUGCAAUCGGGAACUGCCUGAAAGUCAAAAUUGUUUCAUUUUUCAAAUUGGACAUUUUCAUUUUUGUCUUCAUCCCUGGAGCAUAUUAUUUCUAAAUGGUCCUUCAUUCCCCUCCAUUUUGGAAGGAACCAAGUCACAUUUUCUGAAGUCAAUACAGCACGUGAAUUUUAAGUUUAAAUUUCAAACUUACUUGGAGACUGCUACAGACACGGAGGUUUAUCUCUAGUUAAAAAAACUGCAUAAGAAAAUCAAUAUGUAGUGUGUAGUAUCAGAGACAGCACGUGUCCCCCCAUAUUUGUAGCAGGUAUCGCAGCUUAGUUUGAAAUAUUCGGACAGUUUACAGCAGCUAUCUCCAGGUUGUCCGAUAUCUAUAUGGAAUCUUUUCCUGUUAUUAUAUAGUUAACUUCUGUGCAAUAAUACAUCCUGGAGCAUUUUAAGCCAUUUAUAUGUUGCAUUUGUUUCCUUAAUAAAUCAAAAGGGUGUUUAUAAAACUAAAACUCUGUACAACUAUCAAGAUUAAUAAUUUGUAAAGCACUGAAUGCACUGCAA